UCGCAAAGGAGAAAAAUAGCUUUGAAAAAUCUCACAAAAAAUGAAUUUUUAAAUUGGAAAAAAAAAAUCCAUGUUUUGAGAAUAAGAGAAAAAAAAAAAACAGUGUUUGCCUUUUCAUAUUCCAAUCAAAUCAAUCCUGUGUUCACCUUUGAUUCCUCUCCCUUCCUUAUGGUUCUGCUUCCCUGACAGGACUCCUCUUCUUGAACCCUAGAUGCUCUGUUUGCCCUUUUCCAAGUGCUGUUCAUGCGCAAAAGUUGAAUUUUGAUGCUUCAGUUCCACUACUUGACCUCAACGUCAAUCUCGGUAUUCAUCUAAUCUCGCAAAGAUGCUCCUUUUGGCUUAAGUUCUGUCAAUUCUGAUAUUACUGAGUUGGCAGGAGGAAAUUGGAGGAUUAAUUUUGUAUGCUUAUGAGGUGAUGUUGAGCUCAAGGAAUUUAGUCUGAGAGCGAUGGAGUCUGUGGAUGAAGGAGAAGUUGAUCUUCAAGCUCAAAUACUUCUAUCAAACACUGACAUGCAAAGUAGCUUUGAUGAGUUUUUAAGAAACACAACAACAUGCACACACACUCACACCUGCAACCCCCCGGGGCCUUCGACAGCAAACCACACGCAUACUUGUUACCACACUCAUACUCAAGUGUUUGCCACUAGUGAAGGAGAAGGAGAUGAUGAGGGAGAAGCCAAGAAGCCACGGAAACCAUUGGGGAACCGAGAGGCUGUGAGGAAGUAUAGGGAGAAGAAGAAGGCGCACGCCGCCUAUUUGGAAGAGGAAGUGAAGAAACUGCGACUGUUGAAUCAGCAACUUUUGAAGAAAUUGCAAGGACAUGCUGCAUUAGAAGUCGAGGUGGUUCGAUUGAGAAGUCUUUUGGUUGAUAUCCGAGCGAAGAUUGAUGGUGAAUUAGGUGCUUAUCCUUUUCAGAGGCAAUGCAGCAGCAAUGGCAAAGUUUUUCGGUGCAGUUCUGAUUCACAAUGCGUCCAUGAAACUCCUGCCGUUGUCGGUUGGGAAGGAGGCUGCAUGCCUGCUAUCAUCAAUUGCCAAAGUGGGCAGAAUUUAGAAGUUGUGAACUCCAUGGAUGUCUUCGGAAGCUUGGUCUCGUCUUCAUCUCAAGCAGAAUAAAUUUCUCUUCUGAAAGAACAAGGUCCUUGACUCUGAGCUCCUUCAAUUUAUAUUUUUACUGAGUUGUGUCUUGAAAUUUUGAGUGAAGUUAUUAGUGGUAUAUAAUAAACUGGAGUGAAGUGUUUUGCAGGGUGUGAUGUACAGGCGUGACUUAUAUAUAAUGAUAAUUACUUACAGUCAGGAAUUCCAUAAGGGUUCUUGUUUAACCAUAUGUUCAUUAAAACUUCUAGCAGUAUAGGUUCACUCUUUUCGAUUGUAUAUUACAAUUGUAAUUAGACAAUCUUCUUUUUUACGAAAAGAAAUUAUUGAAUGUAUACCAAGCGCCCAAUUUUCGUGUCCAGUGUG